AUGGUGAAAAAUAUGAAGUUUCUUUGGUUGACUCUUCUCUCUGUCUUCAUUUCUGCAGAUAGACCACAAGACUUGAUAAAAACUCUUCCUUGGGCACCUGUUCAACCAACCUUCCCUAUGUACUCUGGCUUUAUCCCACUGCCAAACACAGGAGGCAGGCAAAUCCACUAUGUUUUAGUCAAAAGUCAAGGCAACCCUGCAAAAGACCCAGUAGUCCUUUGGCUGAACGGCGGCCCAGGCUGCUCCUCAAUGGAAGGAUUUUUAUACGAAAAUGGUCCAUACUAUUUCCAAACUCAAAGCACCAAAAUGUUUCAGAACCCAUAUUCCUGGAAUCUCAAUGCCUCAAUGCUCUAUUUCGAAGCUCCAGCUGGUGUAGGCUUUUCUCCUAUGGGCUCCCUUGCAAAUAACGUUACAAGCGACAACCAGACUGCGAUAGACAACUUGAACGCCCUUGUAACUUUCUUUUCAGACUAUUUCACAGAACUAAACCAAUUACCAUUCUAUAUAACUGGAGAAAGUUAUGCAGGCAUCUAUAUUCCAACCUUGGCUUAUUUUAUUCUGCAGUACAAUGCAGGAAAACCUGCAAUGACUAUUAAUCUCCAAGGAAUUAUGGUCGGAAAUGGGAUCACAGAUUGGAAGUAUGACCAGAUAACGACCCUUCCUGACUUGUUGUGGUGGCAUACUAUGUAUGGGUAUCCAUUGAGAAAUACAUGGGUAAAUAAUAACUGCUCCAUUGUUGAUGAGUAUCCUUAUACGAAUGACCCAAUCUGCAUGGACGCAUUUGACCAGAUGAUGAACUUAAUGAACAAUAUUAACCCUUAUGAUAUUUAUAGGACAUGCAUUUAUGAUCCUAUUGGAAACAUGCACUUAUACACCCCAUGGAUGCACGCAGGAUUAGGAGCUCUUUCUUCACCUUGUGUAGACUCUUUAGGGUUAACUCAUUAUUUUAAUAAUGCUCAAGUUAGAGCUGCAUUUAUUAUUCCAUAAUAAUAAAAUGGCUAUGUUCGGAAUUAGUUCUCUACGAGAACUAUUCCUCCCUUCGCUUUUUUUUAUUAUACGGGGUUCAUGGAUUUUAUCCGCAACACCAAUAUGGAAUAUCGGAUAGGGUAUUUCUUUGGUCCAAGGGUAUUAAUGGCUUUUCUGCUAGACACACUUGAGGAGGGUGAUCCUUAGGAGGAACACGCGCAAGAGUCAAGUACGGGCAAGGUCAUCGCUAACCAGUCGGACCUUCUGGUCUGGCAAGUGCGUCUUCUAGAAUGCUUGCUAGACAAGAUGGCUACUGACGUCACCAGUUGGGAGUUAAAAGGUUAUGCUUAUAUGCCUAAAUCAUUCUGCUGAAGAGGGAAUACACUUUAAAUACCUAAUUAGCUAAUUAAGCAUUUAAUAUUCCAAGCAGUUUCUCACUUGUUUGGAAUUCCUGCGCUAAUUUAGACUAUCAAUAUGACUACGCAAGAGGCUCAAUUUACGUGUAUCCUUACCUUCUCAACUCAGGAAUUAAGAUCAGGAUUUACUCAGGGGAUACCGAUUCAGUGGUCCCAGUCACCGGCACCAUCAGAUGGAUCACUAACCUUAACUUGAAAAUAACUAAAGACUGGACUCCAUGGUAUUUGAACAGCCAAGUGGGAGGGUUUUAUGUUACUUACACGAACAACUUGACCUUUAUGACUAUCAAAGGAACAGGACAUAUGUCAAUUCAAUGGAAGAGACCUGAAGGCUACCAUAUGUUCACAUCUUUUCUUUCCAACCAGAAUCCUUAA